GAAGGUAACAACAGGAUCCACUGACUAGAGUGACUGUGUGGAGAUUAGCGUCAGAUGAACUGUUGCGUUUUUUUAGUCAUGUUUUUAUUGAUUUUACAUUUGUAGAAAGUCCAACUUUAAUUAUUUUACUUCGUGCGAGUUUCAAAAUCCCACAGGUAAUUGCGGACAUUUCUUGAAAACCUGUCAGUGGGGAGAAAAGCGACAUGCCAGCGGUGGAAAGUUAAAAACGCUGGCGCUGUGGUGGGAACUGUAACGUUGCAGUAAAGGAGCUAAAGUUUACUGCAGUUUCCUCGAUAACAAAGGGGAAAACUGGCCUCGGAUUUUCUUAUCUGGAAAAAAACUAUUUUACACCAAAGUUCAAUCAAAAACGCAAACGAGGAUUCGAUAUGAAAGAACUUCUUCACCGCUGUAUUUGCAUGGUUAAAGGAAAUGGAGUGCGGAGAAGAACCAUCUGAGUAAACGUUUUCAGCAUCUCUUCAGGAUCUUUGCUUCAUUAAACCAGCACCAGAUUAGAUAGAGCCAAGUAAAUGUAAAGGCUCACUUGGAUUACACCAUCAUGGAUAUCUUUCCCCGGCCCAGUGGUGAGAUCCAGAGGAGGAACCCUCAACAUGACUUUGAGCUCAUUCAGAGGGUGGGAAGUGGCACAUAUGGAGACGUGUACAAGGCCCGAAACAUACAAACAGGAGAGCUGGCUGCUGUGAAGAUCAUUAAGUUGGAACCAGGAGAUGACUUUUCCAUCAUCCAGCAGGAAAUCUUCAUGGUGAAGGAAUGCAUGCACCACAACAUUGUGGCCUACUUUGGGAGCUACCUCUGUCGCGAGAAGCUUUGGAUAUGUAUGGAGUACUGUGGUGGUGGAUCGCUGCAAGAUAUUUACCAUGUAACGGGACCGCUGUCAGAACUACAGAUAGCCUACGUCUGCAGGGAAACAUUACAGGGUUUGGGAUAUUUGCACAGCAAAGGGAAGAUGCAUCGUGAUAUCAAGGGUGCAAACAUACUAUUGACAGACAACGGCGACGUGAAGUUGGCCGACUUUGGAGUGGCAGCCAAGAUAACAGCCACCAUCGCCAAGAGAAAGUCCUUCAUUGGAACGCCUUACUGGAUGGCUCCAGAGGUUGCAGCAGUGGAGAAGAACGGUGGCUACAACCAGCUGUGCGAUAUCUGGGCUGUUGGCAUCACAGCCAUAGAGCUGGCCGAGCUGCAGCCUCCCAUGUUUGACCUACACCCAAUGAGGGCUUUAUUUUUGAUGUCAAAGAGCAGCUUCCAGCCUCCCAAACUAAAAGACAAAAACAGAUGGUCCACUGGCUUCCAUAACUUUGUGAAAGUGUCUCUGACAAAGAACCCAAAGAAGAGGCCGACUGCGGAAAAACUUCUGUCACACGUGUUUGUGGGCCAGACAGGUCUGACCAGGAGACUCGCCGUGGACCUUUUAGACAGGAUGAACAACCCAGACAACCAUCAGCAUUACAGCGAGGUGGACGACGAUGACCUUGAGCCUCUCUCUGCAGUCAGACACACCAUCCGCUCCUCCAACAAACAGGCUCGAUCAGAGAGGUCACGCUCAGAGAUCGACUCAAACAAUGGGCCACAUCGUGGAGAGCCCUGCUCAAGUCCUAGCUUCUCUGAGGGACACAGGGGGUAUAAAGUUGACAAGCUUCAGUUUGAACCGCCGCUUCGGAAGGAAACAGAGGCGCAUUCUGAAAUGGAUGUGAGUAAAGAUAGUGAUUUCCCUUCGCCCUGGAGUCCCUUUGCAGAAGUGGGAAUAACAACCAGGGGACACAUCGCUCCUCUGGAAGAUGCUUUUGAAGAUGUGGAGCUGUCAACUCUGAAACCUGGACUCCCCCCUCCUCUGCCCCCAAAGCCGCGAUUGAACAGUUCCUCUGAGGAGCUCGGCCUCAACGACGAGAAGUCUCUGACUGUGCGAAGGUUUCCCAAUUCAGAGAACGGGCCGAGUCAGGUGGCUCGCAGACAGAGCACACCCGAGGGCCACAAGGUGGAGCACUCAUCUCCAGAUUACCUCUCCGUCAGCGUCAGCAGCCCCGGCCUUUUGUCCCACGCGUCUGACCCUGCUCUCAGUAAAACUGAGUCUAAAGACAAUGAUUCAGAUGGCAGUGUAAAUGAAGGAAGUCUGAGGCCUCAGCUCAGCCGACACCGUAGAGAAAAGAAGGAUUUUCCGAAACCAGCUAUCAACGGCCUGCCACCCACUCCUAAAGUACUGAUGGGAGCCUGUUUCUCUAAAGUAUUUGAUGGCUGUCCUCUGAAGAUCAACUAUGCCACGUCCUGGAUUCAUCCAGAUACGAAAGAUCAGUAUCUGAUCUUUGGAACAGAGGACGGCAUCUACACUCUGAAUCUUAACGAGCUUCACGAAGCUACGAUGGAACAGCUCUUUCCAAGAAAGUGUACCUGGUUGUAUGUUAUCAACAAUAACCUUAUGUCUUUAUCUGAAGGGAAAUCCUUCCAAUUGUAUUCACACAACCUCAUCGGACUGUUCGAGCAGCUGAAGAAGCCCGGCCUGGCAGCUCAGUUCCAGACCCACCGCUUCCCUGACAAAAUUCUCCCCAGGAGGUUUGCCUUAACAACAAAGAUCCCAGACACCAAGGGUUGUCACAAGUGUUGCAUUGUGAGAAAUCCAUACACCGGCCAUAAGUAUCUGUGUGGAGCACUACAGUCUGGGAUUGUCCUCCUGCAGUGGUACGAGCCAAUGCAAAGGUUUAUGCUCAUUAAGCAUUUUGACUUCCCCCUCCCCAGCCCUCUGAAGGUGUUUGAGAUGCUGGUGGUUCCGGAGCAGGAGUAUCCUCUGGUGUGUGUGGCCAUCAGCCAGGGAACAGAAACAGGGCAGGUGGUCCGCUUCGAGACCAUCAAUCUGAACUCCUGCUCCUCCUGGUUCACAGAGAUGGGAACAAGUAAUCCCCAAGUAGAUGCAAUCCACGUUACUCAACUGGAGAGAGACACCGUGCUGGUGUGUUUGGACCAAAAUCUAAAGAUUGUUAAUCUCCAAGGCAGAUUGAAGUCUAACAAGAAGCUGGCUUCUGAGCUCAGCUUUGACUUCUGCAUUGAGUCUGUCGUGUGCCUUCAGGACAGUGUUCUGGCCUUCUGGAAACACGGGAUGCAGGGAAAGCGCUUCAAGUCCAAUCAGGUGACCCAGGAGAUUUGUGAUCCAAGCAGAGUUUUCCGUCUCCUGGGUUCUGACAGAGUUGUGGUUCUGGAGAGCCGACCCACGGACAACCCCACGGCCCUGAGCAACCUCUGCAUAUUAGCAGGUCACGAGAACAGUUACUGACUUCCCCUGACGCAGACCGGACAGGUCUGAGAAUAAGUUAGGCAGGAGACAUCUCAGAUGUGGGAUAAUAAUAGAAAACAAAGUGUCUUUUGGAGUUCCUGUUACCGAUUAGACAGGUCAGUGGAAACGGCAACAAAAGGAAAAGUCCUGAAGACGGGAGUCGUGAGGAUCCUCGAAAAAAACCAGCAGAACAACUUCAAGAAAUACACGUUACAUUUUCCUGACUUUUCCGUGCUGUCAACACACACACACACACAGAGAGAGUCAUCUGCAGGUAUUAUAGCAGAAAAUCAAGUGCCAUGAAAACCGUACUCACAGAUAUACUGUAUGUGAUUGUAUGAAAUCCUUGGGAGGUUAGGGUGUUUUGUUUUUGUCAUCAGUGUCAUUAAUCUUAUAACCAGGGUCAAGAUUUUUUUUUUUAAACUUUGUAGACAAAUUAAUCCAUUGGUUUGUACAGAGACCCAGCAGAUAGGUGGGUUAUUUAAAGCAAUAUUUAUUAACCUCAUCUUCAUUAAUAGGGUAUGUUUGAAUCCCAGACCAUGACGGCGCGUCACCACCCAGUAGAACCCCUCCCUCUUCUGCAGCAGCAACAGCUUCUGCUCCUUUUUUUGUCUCAAACCUCUGGAUAUAAUGUACAUUUUUAACCUCUCUGUGUGUUUUUUUUCUUUUAUAGUCCCUUUUAAUUCUCAUUAUUUGCACCAUGUAAGCACUUUUGUACAUUUUCCUUUUUUUAAUUUAAAAUAAAACAACAAAAUGAGGGACGAUGCUCAAGGGUAGUUUGUGUUUUUCUGUUUAACAUCUUCCGCAUUCCCUUGACUAAAUGAUUUAAUGUAUGCCGUUUUUUUAAAUAAAAAAUAUGCUGUUAACAUGA